AUGGAGAAAUAGUGUAUAUGUACGCACGCAGCAACGUACACGAGAGUGAAAAGCCUAAAUCCAGGAACAUCGGAACAAAAGUGGACCAUUGCAUUGCUGAUGCAAUAUUUAACGAGGUUGAAGAAAUCAAAACGAUGGGAAACAGGAUCGGAACAUUUGUAUUCUUUGUAGAAAAUGCUGAAAGAUACGACGAAGAACAAAAACAACAAAUUAUACAUCGACUAAAUGAGUGUCUUGAAAAAAAGACCAUUCAUCUAGGCAAUUAUCUUGUUAGAUUUGGCACAAAAGAAAUUAGGUUGAGUGACAACAUCUGUAGAGUAGGGAGUAAGGUUGUCACUGCAGGAUCAAGUUUUGGGACGUUGGUUGGCUUUGCAGAACAAUCACAAGGUGUAAGGGCAAGAAGAUGUAUGUGUCCUUUCAGCUUGAGGAAGGCUUACGGCAACUGAGUCAGAUGCACAACUGUGAUUUUGAGUUUUGUUGAGUCUGCCAGAAUGUGAACAUAUUAGAUGAAAUAUAAAAUGUUUGUGUUCAAUAUUAGUGACUGUUGAAUUAAAAAUGUUUGUGAUAGUUUCUUCUUAAGAUUAGUAUUAUUAUUUUGUUGUAUUUAACGAUUGUUGUACCUAUUUGUAUAAGCUCAAAUAUACUUAUUUCAGUUAGACUUAUUUUGAACGAAAUGAUGUCAGUAUGAUGCAUUUUUAUAUAAUGCAAGUGCAUUCAAACUCAGAGUAUUAAUUUGGAGUUGUUAUCGUAAAAGAUACAAUUUAUUGCUUUGACUGAUUGAUUUUUGUUACA